AUGGCGACUCAAUCCUCCUCAGCUCCUCCGGCUCCGACGGACAACAAACCCCAAAACCCAGCUUCAGAGGUUGUACAAACAACACUUGAGGAUCAGAAAAAUAUGGCAGAGGCUACUCAGGUAAAUUCUUCCCCGUCUGUGUUUGUGAACUCAGAGCCGAUGCGAGAGGAUCAAGUGCAAAAUGCUGUCAAGUUCCUUUCACACCCAAAAGUGAGGGGGUCUCCAGUCGUUUAUAGGCGAUCCUUUCUUGAGAGGAAGGGCCUCACCAAGGAGGAGAUAGAUGAAGCCUUUCGUCGUGUGCCUGUAAGCAAGUUAUCCUUUUUUGGUCACAUCUCUCUCUCUCUCUCUCUCUCUCUCUCUCCCCCCCCCCCCUUCCUUCCUCUCUUCUGUGUGAUCCAGCCCCGACCAUUUCAAAUGUGCAACCAGCUGGUACAGAUCAAGGUAAUAAGCAUUUGUGUCAAAUUGGGAUGUUCUAACUGUGGUUCUACUCCUCGACCCUCACACCAAUCAUGUUAUACCUGCUUUGCAAUGUUGAUAACAGAGGGUCAGAUGAAGUCUUCGUCGAAUAUUCAACCACAAGACCCAAGUCGAAGUCUGCAGCCUGCAGUAGUCGCUCCUCCUGGUGCCAUUUCUAAAGUAGGAACCUUGUCCAGAUUCCACUGGUCCCAUGCUCUUCUUGCUGUAGGAUUACUUGCUGUUUCCGGAGCAGGAACAGCUGUACUUUUUAAGGUAUUUAUGAAGAGCAUGUUCUGCUUUUGUUGGUGUAACACUAUCAUUCCCAGGUUGAAAUCAUGGAUUCGCAAGGUUGCAAUGGAAGAAGAUGAGGAUCCUGUGGAAAAACAAAACUCAAAACCAAGUGUGGCAGAAGAAGCUGCUGCUGCUGCGAAAGCUGCUGCAGCUGCAGCUGCUGAUGUGGCACGAGCAAGCCACGAAAUGUUGGUUUCAAAAACUGAAGAGAAGAGAUGCUUCAAGGAACUUAUGGAUCUUUUAGAUGUGCAAGUACGGGAGAUGAAGUCAAUGAGUCACACCAUACAGAAGUUGGAAGGACAAAGUAAUACACCUGGAAGAAUAUCUCUUGUUGAACAAGAAGAUCAUAAAGUCUCAGUCACCAGUUCAAGGGUGAGCAUAAUAAAUGCAUAA